ACCCUAGCCGUGUCCAAAGCCCUUUCUCUUUCGCAUCGCCACUGCUCGACUCGCAGCGCCGGAGCGCCAUCUCUCGUUCCCGCGCGCCCGUCGUUGCCUCGUUCCGUCAACAUGACUAAGCGCACUAAGAAAGCCGGAAUCGUUGGGAAAUACGGUACCCGAUAUGGUGCCAGUUUGAGGAAGCAGAUCAAAAAGAUGGAGGUCAGCCAGCACUCCAAGUAUUUCUGCGAGUUCUGCGGGAAGUUUGCAGUGAAGAGGAAAGCUGUUGGCAUUUGGAACUGCAAGGACUGUGGCAAGGUUAAAGCUGGAGGUGCUUACACCUUGAACACGGCUGCUGCAGUCACUGUGCGUAGUACGAUCAGGCGUUUGAGGGAGGCUACCGAGAGCUAGACUGUCUAACUAUUAUAGCCCUUUGAAGCUCCUUCUAUUCAUUUGACGGAAGGCCACAGUGCUUGCCACUUGAAUAUGACAUAAGCUCUUAUUGAGGCUUCUUUUCCUUCGUGCCUGGGAAGUGUUUGCAAAUCUUAAUGUAAGCUGAUAUCAUUUCUUGGA